AUGUCAAAGAGCAAAACCUUUUUAUUCACUUCUGAAUCCGUCGGGGAAGGUCACCCAGACAAGAUCUGCGAUCAGGUCUCUGAUGCCAUCUUGGAUGCUUGUCUGGAACAAGAUCCAUACUCCAAGGUUGCUUGUGAGACCGCUGCCAAGACUGGUAUGAUCAUGGUUUUCGGUGAAAUUACCACCAAGGCUAACCUAGACUACCAAAAAAUCGUCAGAGACACCAUCAAGAAGAUUGGUUAUGAUGAUUCUGCCAAGGGUUUCGACUACAAGACUUGUAAUGUUUUAGUUGCCAUCGAGCAACAAUCGCCAGAUAUCGCUCAAGGUCUACAUUACGAAAAGAAUUUGGAAGACCUAGGUGCUGGUGACCAAGGUAUCAUGUUUGGUUAUGCUACGGAUGAAACUCCUGAGGGUUUGCCAUUGACCAUUCUUUUGGCCCACAAAUUGAACAUGGCCAUGGCAGACGCUAGAAGAGACGGUUCCAUCCCAUGGUUGAGACCAGACACAAAGACCCAAGUCACCGUUGAAUAUGAAGAUGACAACGGUAGAUGGGUCCCAAAGAGAAUAGACACCGUCGUUAUCUCUGCCCAACACGCUGAUGAAGUUUCCACCGCUGACUUGAGAACUCAACUACAAAGUGACAUUGUUGAAAAGGUUAUUCCAAAGGACAUGUUAGAUGAAAACACCAAAUAUUUCAUUCAACCAUCCGGUAGAUUUGUUAUCGGUGGUCCUCAAGGUGAUGCUGGUUUGACAGGUAGAAAGAUUAUUGUCGAUGCUUAUGGUGGUGCCUCAUCCGUUGGUGGUGGUGCCUUUUCUGGUAAGGACUACUCUAAGGUCGACCGUUCUGCUGCCUACGCUGCUAGAUGGGUCGCCAAAUCUUUAGUUGCUGCCGGUUUGUGUAAGAGAGUUCAAGUCCAAUUCUCUUAUGCUAUCGGUAUUGCUGAACCAUUGUCUUUACACGUGGACACUUAUGGUACAGCUACUAAAUCUGAUGACGAAAUUAUUGCAAUCAUCAAGAAGAACUUCGACUUAAGACCAGGUGUUUUAGUGAGAGAAUUGGACUUGGCUAGGCCAAUCUACUUGCCAACCGCAUCUUAUGGUCAUUUCACGAACCAAGAAUACUCUUGGGAAAAACCAAAGAAAUUGGAGUUUUAA